AAAGCGCAACAAAUUGGGGAUUGCAAUUGGUGAAUCAAGUCUCCAUUGCUCAUCUCAUUCAUUUUCUUAUCUUUCCAUUCUUCCCAAACCAUAUCACAUCCUUCAAACUUCAAUUUCUCUGACACAACUUUUCAGCUCCACUUCACUCUGCAAUUCAAUUCAAAAAUGUUGUGCGUCAACACCGCCUUCACUUCUUUCAUACCCAGAAAACCAACUUCUGUUUUUCCCUCCAAAUCAACCACCCCAAUUUCCUGCACCCUCCAAGGAACCGUUGCUGAACCAAAAUCUACAGCUGCUGCUGAACCACUUUUGCUUAAUGCAGUUCGUGGGGUAGAAGUUGAAAGACCACCGGUUUGGCUCAUGAGGCAAGCAGGGAGGUACAUGAAGAGUUACCAAACCAUCUGUGAGAAAUAUCCUUCAUUCCGUGAAAGAUCUGAAAAUGUCGAUCUUGUGGUGGAAAUUUCCCUACAACCAUGGCAUGUUUUCAAGCCCGAUGGAGUGAUUUUAUUCUCAGACAUUCUUACCCCACUUUCUGGAAUGAACAUACCCUUUGAUAUUGUGAAGGGUAAGGGUCCUGUUAUAUUUGAUCCUAUUCACACAGAUGCCCAGGUCAAUCAAGUGAGAGAGUUUGUUCCUGAAGAAUCAGUUCCAUACGUUGGUGAAGCACUGACAAUAUUGAGGAAAGAGGUGAAUGAUACAGCUGCAGUUCUUGGUUUUGUUGGGGCACCGUUCACUCUGGCAUCAUAUGUGGUUGAAGGUGGUUCAUCUAAAAACUUCUCAAAAAUAAAAAGAUUGGCUUUCUCUGAGUCCAAGAUCCUGCACUCUUUACUGCAAAAGUUUACAACGUCAAUGACAAGAUACAUUCAAUACCAAGCUGAUAAUGGAGCUCAAGCUGUUCAGAUCUUUGAUUCAUGGGCAACAGAACUUAGUCCAGUGGAUUUUGAAGAAUUCAGUUUGCCUUACUUGAAGCAGAUUAUCGAUGCUGUGAAGAAAAGCCAUCCAAAUCUCCCUUUGAUCCUGUAUGCUAGUGGAUCUGGGGGCUUGCUUGAAAGACUAGCCUUGACAGGGGUGGACGUAAUUAGCUUGGAUUGGACAGUUGAUAUGGCUGAUGGUAGGAGGCGACUGGGACCAAAUAUAGCUGUCCAAGGAAAUGUGGACCCUGGUGUUCUUUUUGGUUCCAAAGAGUUCAUCACUGAUAGGAUAAAUGAUACUGUGAAAAAAGCAGGUAGAGGGAAACAUAUCUUGAAUCUUGGUCAUGGAAUUAAAGUAGGUACGCCUGAGGAGAAUGUUGCACAUUUUUUUGAGGUUGCUAAAUCACUCCGAUACUAACAAGCCAACUAUGAUUAAUUAUUAUUAUUAUUAUUAUUUUUGUUUCUCUUCA